GAGCGGUCGCAGUGCGCAGGCGCAGUAAGCUCAGUCACGGCGCAGUCAGCACCGCUAGUCGCGGUAAAAAUAGUUUUUGAGGAAGAAACAAGCGGUUCAACCGCGCACUGACCUUCCCAGUUCCCCAGGAUUGUGUGUCCAGCAGCAGCAGGAUGGUGGCGGACGAGGAAAAGACAAACACCUGUGGGACGAUCUGUCUCAAAUACCUGCUCUUCACCUUUAACCUGCUCUUAUGGUUGUCUGGAGGUGCUGUGAUGGCAGUGGGACUGUGGACUUUGGUGGAUAAGAGCGACUACAUCAGUCUUCUCUCUUCCAGCACAUAUUCUUUGGCUGCCUACAUCCUCAUCGCAGCGGGAGCCAUCGUCGUGCUCACUGGAAUCCUGGGCUGCUGCGCCACCAUUAAAGAGAGCAGAGGACUUCUGAUAGUGUUCUUCGUUCUGCUGCUGUUAAUAUUCCUGCUGGAGAUUACUGCUGGGGUUUUGGCCUAUGUAUAUUAUCAAGAGUGUUUCCCUUUCUGCUAUGAGCUGAAUGAGGAGCUGAGAGCAGACCUGAAGGAGACCAUGGUGCAGAAGUACCAGAAGCCUGGUGAAGAGCACAUCACCAGAGCUGUGGAUAAACUCCAGCAGGACCUGAAGUGCUGUGGGAGUAACAGCUCAGCGGACUGGCAGCAGGGAGACUGGAUACGCACUUAUGCUGACAAGCGUCUGGUGCCUGACAGCUGCUGUAAGACCCCCACUGAUCGCUGUGGAGUGAGAGACCACCCAUCCAACAUCUACAAAGUAGAGGGCGGCUGCAUCUCUAAAUUAGAGGAGUUUAUCCUUCAGCACUUGCAGAUAUUAGGUGCAGUGGGGAUUGGAAUUGCAUUCCUUCAGAUUUUGGGAAUGAUCUUCACCUGCUGUUUGUAUCGAAGUUUAAAGGAGGAACCUUACUGAGAUCCUGCAACCAGCACUCAAACACCAAAAAUGCACCCACACUUCUCAUCCUUUUGCCUACUUUCUGUUGUUUUGUGCUGCUAUGCAAUGUAAAUACUUUGUUAAGUGUACAGUGAUGAAGUACAGCAGUCUGUAGCAGCGAUUGUGGCUGCAGGGCAGUCCAUUUGAAAAGGAAAAGUACAAGAAGAGAGGGUGUGUAGUUAGAAAGCUCCAGGCCUAGACCUGUGUAUGGUAGAGGUUAGAAUCUGUACUGAACUGUUAGAGGAUUUGUUUUAAAUAUUUAAUUCUUUAUUCUGUGUUUUCCCCACUCAGAGACACAG